AGUUCAUAACUGCGCUUGUGUGUUGUCGUGUGAUGCAGGACGGUGAGAGAGGGACUUUGCCGUCUCCUCGUGCCUCAGUCCUGAAUCCUCCCCGCACGGAAUCAUAUUAAUGAUAUCAGGGGGGUUACAGUCACCUCGGGGGGUUUCUGCAGUCCAAAACAAGCCAGCAAUCUAUCUGUUAUUGUGGAAUGAACGACGAGCAAAGCCCGGAUAACGGCAAGAGAAACUCUGGGUGUACCAGUAUUGAGCAAAUGCUGGCUGUGAAUCACGGGAAGACGCCCAUCAGUCUGCUGCAGGAAUAUGGAACGCGGAUAGGCAAGACCCCAGUGUACGACCUGCUGAAGGCUGAGGGUCAGGCCCACCAGCCCAACUUCACCUUCCGUGUGUCGGUGGGGGAAAUCAGCUGCACCGGACAGGGGCCCAGUAAGAAAGCUGCCAAGCACAAAGCCGCAGAGGCCGCCCUGAAAAUGCUGAAAGGAGGAAUGCUGGGAGGAAUCGGAGGAAAUGGGAUCGAGGGAGAGGGAUUUGCUGGGAUCGAUAUGGAGGGAGAAUGUGUUCAGUCAGAGAUGAAAUCUUCCAGUUCAACACAGCAAGCUGAGUGCAAUCCAGUUGGAGCUUUGCAGGAACUAGUAGUACAGAAAGGCUGGCGUUUACCCGAGUACACCGUGACUCAAGAAUCUGGACCUGCACACCGCAAAGAGUUCACAAUGACCUGCAGGGUGGAGAGGUUUAUGGAGAUAGGUAGCGGUACAUCAAAAAAGCUUGCUAAGAGAAACGCAGCCGCAAAGAUGCUCGCUCGUAUACAUGAUGUACCAGUGGACAUGCGCACUAGCCAUGAAGCCGAGGCUGAAGAUGACACCUUCGGAAUGCACACGGGUGGCAGAAUCGAAGUAGGAAAGUCGAAAGGUCUCGGCUGCACGUGGGAUUCUUUGCGAAACUCGGCCGGGGAGAAGAUCCUGCAGUUGCGUUGUCAUCCUCUGGGCCAGCCCGAUUCCAAUGACUUAAAUUUCUGUUCUCUACUUCAUGAACUUUCCGAGGAACAACGCUUUGAUGUCAGCUACCUGGAUAUAGAGAAGCGCAGCCUGAGCGGCCUGUUCCAGUGUCUGGUGGAGUUGUCGACUCAGCCGAUCACCGUCUGCCACGGAUUUGCCCCUUCUUUGGAUGCAGCACGUGCCAGCGCUGCACACAAUGCCCUCCAGUAUCUCAAGAUUAUGGCAGGGGGAAAGUAAGACCCUGUAUUGCCUCACCUGUAACUUCGCCCUCCCUGCCCCCCAAGACAAUGUAAGAAAUCAGGUGAAUUUAAAGAUACCUCUACUGCCCUCGGUUCUGUGAAUUCGGUCAUUGUUUUAUUCAGCAGAUGUACUGUGGUGGUCUGCAGUAGUCCUCACUGCUACCCAAUGUGAGGCCUGUAAGAGGAACUGAUGCCUUUAAUUUGAAAUUGCAUGGGUGACACCCAAAGGGUCAGUGGUGUUGCCCAUUUAUCCCACUGCCUCAAAGAAAGGCACUUUUGAUAUUUAUAUUAUUUGAAGGUGCCAUUUUAUUUCUCUGCUAAUGUCGUGGCUACUACUAUCUGUUUGAAAUAGUUUGCCUUUUAGCUAUCACUUUCAAUAAAUGUUGCCAUUUUUAUCCUAUUUUUUAUAUUUAAAUUGCGACAUCUGAUAGGUACUCUAUUCUGUGGACCUAAUGAAUUAAAUCCACAAUGUGCAUAUAAUGCAUGUGACCAUUUUUUUUCGUUUAUUUUAAAUCACUUGUAAAUAUAUAUUUUAACUUUGUAUUUCCUGACAGUGAUUUCCCAUCUUAAAUGUUUUUGUAAAAUAAAGUAUUUCUCUCAGCCAUUAAAACUAUAUAAUGGCCUUUUUAAGACGCUGACGGUGGAAAUUAAUGGUCAAUAUCUACCUCUGUAAAACUUCAUAUUGAUUCAUUGUAAAAGUAGGCCUGGCAUUUAAUUCAGUCACCAUACAAUGGUCAUGUUCAAUAACUUUAAAGACCACCAAUAACGGUAUACACCAUAUGAUUGUGUGCUAGCAUUUGGGCUUUGUACUGUACUAAUGUUUUUUUUUUUAUUAUAGACAAUAAACUUGAAAGCUGAAUGGAA